AUGGCGGCGGAGCUCGAGGAGCCGAGGAAGCCGCAGAACGCCUACUGGAUCUGGCUCAGCGAGAGCCGCGACGCGCUGACGAAGGAGGCCGGCAGCGCGAAGGGGUCCGUCGUCGGCAAGCUCGCGGGCGAGAAGUGGAAGGCCAUGUCGGCGGAGGCCAGGAAGCCCUUCGAGGAUCGGGCGGCGGAGCUGAAGUCCGCGUACGAGAAGGCCAUGGAGGAGUUCAAGAGCGCUGGAGGCCAGGUGGGCAAGCGGCGCCUGGAGAAGAGCGAGGGGAAGAAGGCCAAAGCUGAGGGGAAGCAGGCCAAAGCUGACAAGAAGGCGAAAAAGGAUGCCCGCGCGUCUUCUGGGAAGCCAUCGCGACCGCCUUCUCCCUACUGGCUCUGGCUCGGCGAGAACCGCGAGGCGCUUGCGAAGGAGGCCGGCAGCACAAAGCCGCCCGUCGUCGCCAAGCUCGCUAGCGAGAAGUGGAAGGCCGUGUCGGAGGAGGACAGGAAGCCGUUCGAGGUGAAAGCCGCAGAGCUGAGGGCCGCGUACGACAAGGCUGUGGAGGAGUGGAAAAACAACGGUGGCGUCGAGGACGGCGCGAAGCAGGGCAGUCCCCGGAAUCGCAAGGCGGACAACGCCAAGACGCUUCCAGCGAAGCAGGGCAGCUCCCGGAAGCGCAAGGCGGACAAGGCCGAGACGCCUCCUGCGAAGCUGUCCCGCGCGUCUGUGGAUCGCGACUCCAGCAAGAAGGCGGACAACGCCAAGACGCUUCCAGCGAAGCAGGGCAGCUCCCGGAAGCGCAAGGCGGACAAGGCCGAGACGCCUCCUGCGAAGCUGUCCCGCGCGUCUGUGGAUCGCGACUCCAGCAAGAAGGCCCCCGGGGCUCAGGGCAAGAGCCGCGGCAAGGCUGCACCGGCGACGGCGGCAGUCGUUCUCGAGAAGGACAUCGCGGAGAAGGCGGAGAAAGCGGGCUUCACUAGCGUGCUCCAGAAGUUCCUUGCUCGUGAGGACGUGGUGGCCAGCGGCAAGAGCCAGGCCGAGGCCUUUCAGGCGCUCGAAGCGGUGGGCGGCUUGAUGCACCCGGCCCGCCGCACCUUGCUGGGGGCUUGA